AUGAGGGCGUGGAGGAGUAGCGGGGACGCGAGUGGUAUGUGGACUUUGACAGCGAACUACAUUAGGGAAGCUGCUAGAGUGGUGCUUGGGGUCUCGAAAGGUUACUCUGGAGGUCACAAAGGGGAUUGGUGGUGGAAUGGAGAGGUCCAAGGAAAGAUAGAAGCCAAGAAAACAACGCACUUGAAACUGGUGGAGAGCAAGGACGAAGAGGAGAAGAGGACGAACUGGGAGUGGUACAAGAUGUCCAAGAAAGAGGUGAAGUUAGCGAUUACGACGACUAAAAUGUCAGCAUUUGGACGUUUGUACGAAGAACUUAGUGACAAGGGUGGAGAUAAGAAGCAAUACAGGCUAGCCAGGGUGAGAAAAAGGAAGUCCCGUGCCCGGAUCAGGGGUAUUGUGUUGGAUGAUUUGGAGCACUCCGAGAGUCGACGUGACUUUGGUUUUUGUAGGCGUAUCAAAAUGGGGGAGGUCGAGGGGGCUAUGCGUAAGAUGUGCAGGGGAAGAGCGACUGGGCCAGAUGAAAUUCUGGUAGAAUUUUGGAAGAGUGUGGGUAGAGCUGGCUUGGAACGUCUCACUGGGUUGUUUAACACCAUCUUUAGGACGAAAAGCCUGAAGAAUGGAGGUGGAGUACGAUGA